UCCGGUAUAGACGCGUUUACAGCCGAUUGGCGAGGUGUAAACGGGUGGUAUGUUCCACCAGUAUGCAAAGUGCAUUGUGUCCUGAGUUAUAUGCAGCAGUGUGGUGCAUAUGGGACCAUGGUUGUACCUCUGUGGAGGUCGGCCAGUUAUUGGCCAUUUUUAUGUCCCAAUGGUGACGGGUUUAUACCAGAGGUUUUCAAGAGGGAGAUUGCAGAGCUGCCAGGGGCCUUAGCCGGAUACGUCAAUCUCCUCCCCCAGUUAUUGGUUGAAAGUAAAGCCAGCAGCACUACAAGGGCAUACUACCAGGGAUUUUUGCGAUGGAAAACAUGGGCAUCAAAUAAGGGGAUAUCGGAGGCGGAGUGUUUUCCGGCUAAGGCCAUUCACGCGGCUCUCUAUCUCGCCUGCUUGGUACAGCAUAAUUCAACAUCUAGUCCUGUAACUCAAGUUUUUUAUAGCUUGAAAUGGGCACAUUCCAUCAUCGGUAGAGAUUCUCCUACAGAUACAUUAUUAGUGAGGAACAUUAUCGAGGGUGCAAAGAGGCGCUUGUCGGCAGCUAGGAACAGAAAGGACCCCAUUACUCCGGAACUUUUGGAAUCUAUGUAUUCCGCAAAUUAUAGUGAGAAUGACUUGUUUUCUCAACGUAUUAUUUGUUGUUGUUUGAUAGCUUACGCAGGGUUUUUACGAGUGUCCGAAUUACUUAAUUUACGCAUGCGUGAUAUCAAAAUUUCUGAGAGUCACAUGACAGUUUCAAUUCGCCACAGCAAAACCGAUGUUUACAGGGAUGGGGAUUAUGUAGUGAUAGCUAGGACGUAUACAAAGCCAUGUCCCGUAUGUAAUUUGGAGAGAUAUGUUGCACUUGCGGGAUUAAUACCUGGAUCAGAUUGGUAUCUAUUUCGAUCCAUCACUAGAACUAGCGAAGGUUUUAGGUUGCACAAUGAUAACAAGCCUCUAUCUUACACUCGGGUGCGCGAGUUGUUUAUUCAAGUUUUCUCUCCCUUCGUACCUGAUAUCAGUAAAUAUGGCUUACACAGUCUACGUUCCGGCGGGGCUACAAGCGCGGCUAACUUAAAAGUGGCGGAUAGAAUUUUCAAGAGGCACGGAAGGUGGAAGUCGGAAAACGCGAAAGACGGAUAUGUUAAGGAUUCCUUUGAGGAGAGGUUGUUAGUUUCGAAGAAUUUAGGUAUAUAACUAUAGUGACAUCCCCUUUCUUUGGUGUUCAGUACGGGGGUCGGUCGCCCCGGUUGCAAUUUAAUUAUGCGUUUGUGUUAUUUGUCACAAUAGGAGAUUGUUGGAGAAAUAUGAUUUCUUUCGUUUGAGUAAGCAGAAUUAGAACGAAAAUAUUUUCUCCGACCGGAGAGUGUGCCACUAGGUGGCGCCGUUUGGUGUCGGCGAUGCACGUGCAUUUUGGCGUACGUGUCAUUCAGGCGACCACCUUCGACAGGUAGACACGUAUUGAGUUUUUGGUACAUUUAUUCGUACUCUAUAAAGUAUUUUUACAGUCGAUGAAUUUUGGAUUAGGUAUAUCGCGCUAGCGGUAAUCUUAUUGUCUUGUACGGGGGGCACUUACAUGUAAUAUAGGUAGGAGAUAAAUAUAUAUAUAUAUAUAUGUUUUCCUCUGUUCGAUUAUUUUACCGAGAAUUAGCCUAUUUUGGCAAAUACUAUUUGUUCUUGGAAUAUGGAUAAUUAUCCAUGGUCUUAAGGUAUUCCGUUAUGGGCUCGCACCUUAGGACGAGAUGAGAGUUGAUGUACAUGGUAUUAUAGAUAUUACAUGUAUGUAUGGUGAUGGUGUAAUAAAUUCAGUACGGGGGUCGGUCGCCCCGGUUGCAAUUUAGUUAUGCGUUUGUGUUAUUUGUCACAAUAGGA